GCGUUUCCUGCCGGAGCCGGGGGGGACGCGGAACGCGGCGGACAGCGGAAGCCAAGGGAAGUGCGGGCGGAAGUGGGGGCCCGCCGGGCGGCGCCAUGGGCCGCAGCCGCUCCCGUUCGCCUCCACGGCGCGACCGCAGGCGCUCGCGGUCCACUUCGAGGGAGAGGGAGAGGAGGAGGAGGGAGAGGUCGCGGUCCCGGGACAGGGACAGGAGGAGGAGUCGGUCUCGCUCCCCGCACAGGCGACGGUCCAGGUCGCCGAGGCGGCACAGAUCCAGCUCCUCCUCCCCACCGCGGCUGAAGGAGAGGCGAGACGAGGAGAAGAAGGAGAUAAAGGACUCCAAGGGCAAGGAGCGCCAGAUCACGGAGGAAGAUCUGCAAGGCAAGACGGAAGAGGAAAUCGAGAUGAUGAAAAUGAUGGGAUUUGCCUCUUUUGACACGACCAAAGGGAAGAAAGUGGACGGCGCCGCGAACGCGUACGCCAUCAACGUGUCGCAGAAGAGGAAGUACAGGCAGUACAUGAACAGGAAAGGAGGCUUCAACAGACCGCUGGACUUCAUCGCCUGAUGCUGGGCUCCCUGCGACCCGCGAGGAACGGCCCCGCCGCCGAGCAGCACCGCCUCCCGCAAAACCAUUCUCCCCCAGAACGAUUUUGGGGUUAUUUAUAGCGAGAUCGGGUCUGCUCCCCCUGCCCUGUCGGCGGAGGGGGGGUUAACGCGCGCGCGGUUUCCUGAAGCCGUUGUUUUUCGUUGCGUUCGGUUUGGUUUCUUCCUGCCAGUUGUGUUUGGUUUUUUUUUCUCCCAUUGCGUUUUUAUUUGAAAUAACUCGGUGCUGUCCAUUUCCAUUAAAACCCGUAUAUAUUUUUCCUUUA